AUGCGACUGAUCCUCGCAAGGUUACUGACUAGCUUUGAAUUCCAGGCAGUGGAUAGGAAACAGUUGCAAUGGGAGGAAUUGCGCACGUUCUUGUUGGUUGAGAAGCUACCGCUGGAGGUGCGAUUUGAUGUCCGAUCAUUGGGAAAAGUUGUCAUCGUGACCGGCGGUGCAUCCGGAAUAGAACAGGAGCUGGUGCGCAUGCUCUACCAGAAAGGGGCGACAGUCUACAUCGCCGACCGGUCCGAGCCGCACGCUCAGGCGGCCAUCCAGACCAUUCAAGCAAGCACCACCACCACUAGCGGCCAGCUGUACUAUCUCCCUCUGCAUCUAGACGAUGAGAAUAACGGUGCGUAUGUGAUCCCGUGGGGUCGACUGCAUCCCGGGAUGGCGCCGUACCUGGCGCGGCAUUUGGUGCCGGUGGAGGAGUGCGGCACCGGGCGGGCGAGUGGGUUCUGGGAGUGGUGCGCGGAGCGGAGGAGAGAUCAUUUGUGAUCAUAUCGUC